UCUCGCAUUGCACACUUUGUGGCUGAGCGUGUUUUUGCGAGCAUCGUGACAGUAUAUCGCAGUGGGGCUGGUAGAAAAACGCACACCGCUCUCAAAGCAUUGUUAUCGAGCACAGAAUUCCUGCCUGUUUCACUUAUAGCAAAUGUAUGGGCAGUCAUCUGAACCUUUGUCCUUCAGCUGAAGAUUACAUUCGCAAUGAAAGCUAGGAUUGAAGAUGGCGUUGUCUAUUCCCCGUUUCCUGACGUGGAACUUCCUUACUGCUCCUUCUAUGAAGCCGUCGAGAGGGCACUUCUCGUUGAUUCGGACAAGCCUAUUCUGGCCGACGACUCUGUCACACUGACCAAGAAAGAACUGCUAUCCCGGCUACGGCGCUACGCAGCUGGCUUCCAGCGGCAUGGAAUCCGGACCGGCGCUCGUGUCUGCGUCCACGUCGGCAACAACAUCGACAGCAUUAUCGCCAUGUGGGGCUGCGUCGCGGCUGGAGCAUCCAUAGUCCUCGCCAAGCCUUCACUCACUCAGAGGGAGCUCCUGUUUCAGAUCACCGACAGCGACAGCACGCACCUUCUGGUUGACCCAGACCUCUCCGAAAAGGCGCUAAACACAGUGUCCGCUUUGGAAAUCAAGCCUUUCCCGUCAGCCUCUCUAUGGCACACAAAGGACGGCCUGGAGUUCAAGUGCUUCAACUGUCGAUUCUUACUGGUGUUGGCGGAUCCGGAUAUUUUGCUGCUCACCACCCACUGCCAGCGCAGCUCGGGAGUUGGUAGGAUCCCAGGCCGCAUCUGUGAAGAGGACAUUUUCUGUCAGGUCAGCCCGUUCUACGAGUUUGGCUAA